AUGACUAAAACUUCAUCCACCCUUAAUGACGUGAUUAUGACCUCCAGUAUCGAUCUUGCGGAGAGGAGUGGCGUACUGAAAUCUCACAUCAGUGACCAUUAUCUUGUGUAUGCCCUUUUAAAGCUGAAAAUCUCAAAACCCCCUCCUAGCUAUGUGAAAGUCAGAUCUUACAAGAACUAUGACAGCCAGUGUUUUGUCUCUGAUCUCGAGCGUGUGCCAUGGAAUGAAGUUGUUCUUGUUGACGACACGAGUGAUAUGGUUGAUCGAUUUAACAAGCGAUUUCUUGAGGUCCUAGAUGGCCAUGUGCCUGUUAAAUCAGUGAAGGUCAAGAACCUCCAUUGUUCAUUUGUCAAUGAGGAAAUCAAAGUGUUGAUGCGAGAUGGAGAUAGAUUAUUGAAAUGCGCUCACUGCACUGGACUUCCUGUGGACUGGGAACUGUACCAUGACUCCAGGCGAGUGGUUAAGAUCAGGCUACGAAAGGCGGAACACGAAUAUAUAAAUAAAGAGAUGGAAGGGUGUCAGAAUAAUAGCUCUCAGUGGAAAUUGAUAAGGAAUUGUUUGCUGAGAAAGGAGACUACGCAGCAAGUAUAUACGAGGGAGGUUAAUGAGGUUGCAGAGGAGUUUAAAGAUUUUUUCGUAACUGUUAGCGCCAAAGCAUCAGAGGCAUCUAAAGCCUUGAUUGCUACUUAUGAACUGUCUCCACCAAACGAAUUCACUAGUGAACAAUAUAUUACGGACGAGAAGAAGUUUAAUUUCCGCACUGUUUCAAGUCACGAGAUUCGUGGAGCUGUAAUGUCAUUUUCGUCUAAUAAAGCCCGAGGGUUUGACAAAGUCACCAUGUCUGUGAUUAAAGAUGCGCUCCCUUGCAUUCUGCUUGUGCUGACGGACAUUGUGAAUCAAUCCCUAUUAUUGUCAGUUUUUCCUGCAGAGUGGAAAAUAUCUGAAGUCAUUCCACUUCCAAAAGAUGGAGAUCAUGAGAUACCAAAUAAUAAUCGACUAGUCUCAUUACUUCCUGCUGCGUCAAAGAUUUGUGAGCAUGUUGCUCUAAAUCAAUUAAUGACAUACAUGACCACCAAAAGGUACCUCAGCAAACACCAAAGUGGUAACAAGAAGCUUCAUUUGUGUGAAACCCUUAACAUCAUGAUCACGGACAAGGCACUGGAGGCUAUGGAUGCAAAGAAAGUCACACUUGUGGUACUUCUGGACUUGUCGAAAGCAUUCAACAGCAUAGAUCAUGUAACCCUCCUUGCAAAACUACAGGCGCUGGGUGCUUCUCGUGCAUCUCUGGAUUGGUUCAAGAGCUACCUUUCUGAACGGCUGCAAUGUGUCAGGAUUGGAGCUGAGACCUCAAGCUUGCAGGGUAUCUCACAUGGAGUCCCACAGGGUUCAAUCUUGGGACCCGCCUUGUUUACUAUCUACCUCAACAACAUUCCUUCUACAGUCAACUCCCGCCUUGCGGACACCUCGCUAUUACGGACACCCCGCUAUUACGGACAGCAGCAAAAUCCUCGGCGAAAGUUACAGACGUUUGACUGA